CUCUCUCUCUCUCUCUCUCUCUCUCCACCAUAACGAAUUGCUUUUUUGGAGCCCAUCUCUCUCUUGGAAACACCUCAAACUCACCCAUUUCAUCGUACAACCCAUGCACCAGCUUCAAUCCCUGUGUUUCGCUUUUGAAUUUUUUCCUGAUUCAAUUGAUUUCCUUGACCCACUUGAUUCUUUAAACAAAAAGACUUGUUUUAGAGUUUUAGUAUCGGGCUCCAUUGAAAAGUUAGCUUUUGUAUCCCUCAGUCUUUCGCCAUGGCUGCCUUUUCUCAGAGCUUUUCAUCUGUUCAAGCCCUAAACCAGAAGACCCAUAUUUCUAUUCCUUGUAAUUCAGCCUAUGUUGGAAAUUUGAGGGUUACCCAACAUUUCUUGAUCGCUGAUAAUUCAAGUGGUUGCAUGGUUUCGAAUCAUGUCGAUCCCUGUAAAAGGGGUCAGAGUUUGAUCAUGGCGACUUGGAGUGUUGAGGGUGCUUCUCAAGAUGUGGAGUUACCUUCUUCAAUCGAGCUCGAGCCAAUCACCAGCGAAAAACAGUUUGAUCGAGUGAUAGCCGAGGCCCAAGACCUUGAAGAAUCUGUGAUCAUACUCUGGAUGGCCAGCUGGUGCAGAAAAUGCGUAUAUUUGAAACCCAAAUUGGAAAAAUUGGCAACAGAAUACUAUCCCAGAAUCCAGUUCUACUGUAUCAAUGUUAACUCAGUCCCUCAAAGGCUUGUGAAUCGUGCUGCAGUAACUUGUGCAACAACUUCAAAUUUUCCCACGCUCUCAUACAUGUCGCGCUCACUCAUGAUGGAGCGCACAUCGAAGGGUCUCUGCUCUCCCUAUGCUCACAUUGCUUCUUGACAACAUGGAUCCACAAUUCCUUAAUACUUUGAAUCAACAUUUAGCAUAAGUAGAAUCACAUUGUUGUGUAGCAAGGAAUUACGAUGUCUACGAUAUAGAAACUUGAUUCCAAACAACAUGGAUUCGCAAUUCCAAAAAUUGGAAUCAACGUUUCUCACAAGAAGAAUCGCAUUCUUGUGUAGCAGAGAAUCAUAAAAUCCUCGAUAUGGAAUUUCGAUUCCGGCAAUCCAGGAAUCGAGAUUCCUAAACUAGGUGGAAUCGCGUUCCGCAAAAAAUGGAAACGUGAUUCCUUUAUUUUAGAAUCAACUUUCACCCGGGGAAACACCAAAUCGAGAUUCCGAAACGGAAUCGCUAUCCUCAUAGGCGAUUCGGGUAACUAUAAUCUGGUCUAUUAUAUCCCACUCUGCAUGAUCAUGGGCUUUCACCCAAUCCAAUUGGAGCACCAAACCCAAUAACUUAGCUUGCUUUCAAGAAUGGAUGCAUUCAUGAGAUGUCAAGGCUUUGGUCCUUCACAAAAUCUCCUUGAGUGGGGACACUUUUAAGAACUUGUCUUAGCCUAGAGUCUAAGACCUCAGAACCUUGUAUUAACUGUUUAGAAGGAUUAUAAGCCUAAAAUCCUUGAGCUCUUUCCCCCUCCUUUUAUUUUUGGAACCAAAACUAUGAAAAUUGUGCUCAUACUCCUAGGAAUGAUACCCCCUAUUUUAGAAUUCUGAAAGCAGGUAAGAUGUAUGGGGCCAGGGUGUCCCAGAAGUGUUGGAAAAGAGCCACUAGAAAGCCAUCUGCUCCAUGCGCCUUAUCAUGUCCUAACUAUGCAAUGGUCUUGUGGAUUUCCUGCUCAGAGGACUGUCCUAACCUGUUGGUCUUCUCUCUUAAUAUAGUACCAAGGUGGCUUUGCAUCUUAAGUCUUACUUGAGGCAGUUUGGAGAAAAGGUUACUAACAUAUUGUGUUAUCUCAGUCUCAACUUCAGGGGUGCUCAUAAAAAAUCCUAAUACUUUCCUUAAUCAGUACUAUGGAGUUUCACUUUUCUACAAGGUGCAAUCUUGUGAAAGAAGGGCAUCUUGUGGCCUCCUUCCCUGAGCCCUUGGACUCUAAAUCAUUGAUGCCAGAACACUUGCCCUUGUUUCAGGACAACUUGGCAUGCAAUAUUCACCUCUUUCUUCCUCGCCCUCUCCUCUAGCAACAAGUCUGUAGUAUCCUCCAUGAGUUCCAAGUCGUUUCUUUCUCUAAAGUCACCAAAGGACUGGCGACUCCAUGCUUUUAGUUUGGACGUCAACAUUUCCAACUUUUUGCGGAGUACUUCUCAUUCUGAGGACAUUAAGAACCAAUAAAACUCAGUCAGGAUAGGACGCUAGACUCUCCACAUAGUUCAUGUGAUGGACUUGUUCUGAAUGGUAGGUUUGAGGUUAACCCUGAACAUGAAUCCGCAAAGGCCGACACACUGGUAGUGAUUCUACCACUCCUAUUUUCUUAAGUGACCACCUCCAGACAUUGAGAUCUCCAUCUAUACACCACGGGCUAGGUGGCUGGGUAGUAAUGCUAUCUAAUUGCUUCCAAAAUUCUUCCCGUCAACUGGGAAUCUUCAGCACUUAGACUGCUGUGAACUUUCAUUGGAAACUAUUUGAAUGCACCAAGAAGAUGCUCGACAUUGAGAAUCUUCCCAGCAAGAUCAAGGACACCACAAGGCAGGAGGGGUCCCAAAGGACCAAAUACCUCCCAGGCCCCCCAUAGCCAGCAAGGUCCGCGACAGGCAUGGUCUUCUACCAACUAUUGAUGGACUAAGCCUAAGUCGAGAAGUUCUAGCUUAGUUUCUAACCUGUGAGACAGAUCAAGAACUGCGCUUUUGAGGAUUGGCCAUGACCCAGAUAUUCCAGAUGAGGAUCCUUAUUUUGGUGAUUGAUAGAAGGAAGAUGGCACUGUCUGAGCAUUUGCUCUUCCCAGGAGGAGGCAGCCAGAGAUGGAGGACCAGGGGUUCGACCUCCCAUUGUUCAUAGUUAAUGAUACAAGAGAAGCGUUUAAUAAACUCAGUUAGUAUUUUAGAAAAACUUACCCAAAUGUAACAAUCAGUAGAAUGAUCUUUUAAUAAUGGCUUUACUUUCUACAUUUUUCUUUUUUUGGCUUGUACCUUUUACCAAUUGUUUUAUUAUCUUUUAACAAAAUGUUUACAAAGUAUGAUCCUGGACUUAAUUUCUUUCAUUCUCUUUCGAUGCUUUUGUAUGGAAGAGGUAGUUUCUCAUGAAUCUCAUCAUUUAAUACCUGCCAUUAGAUUGAUCUUGAAAUUACUUGUAAUCUCCUCAACCUCUAACGACCAUUCUGAUCGUUAUAUAUAUUUUGCAUGUCUGUCUUGGAUGCAACGAAC